UCACCCAUCAAGUUAGUGUCUUAUUACUGAUGUACUUCAGUUGUUUGUGUGUAUAUCUGUGCUGAUUCAAUCUUAUACUUGUCUCAGAUGCCCUUUCACAUGUUAUUUGAUAUUUAUUGAUGAUUUUUGAGUCGGUCCGAAUUUUAAAAGUAGUUUUCUUUUGGGCUUUAACUAUGACAUUGUUUACCUUUGAUCUAUAGAAUGUCCUUGUGUUAUGCCAAGCAUUUUUCAUCUAAUAGAAUUCCUUUUCUUAUGCCAAACAGAAGGAACAUGAUGACUAAAUUGCUGAUAGCUUCUGGUGGACAAUAGAGAUAACUGAAUAGAAAUGGGAGGCUGUUGCUGUUGCUGUUCUAAAGAAGGGGGACUAAACAGUUCGCCACCAUUCUAUCAUAGGGACACCAUCAAUCAGAUUUUGCGAUAUGCAAGCAAGAAUCGACUUCCGGAAAGUUUGAAAGAGCAAAUGCUGGCAAAUAUGCAACUGAAAUUUAGGACAGCAGAAUUACAGCAGGAGGAAGUGCUUGAAGACCUACCUAAGGCAAUUAGAUCAAGUAUUGCUCAGCAUCUUUUUCAUGGAACUGUGGAAAAUGCCUAUCUCUUCAAAGGAGUUUCUGAAGACCUUAUCGUCCAACUGGUGUCCGAAAUGAAAGCAAAAUAUUUUCCACCAAAGGUUGAUAUCAACUUACAAAAUGAGAUACCUACGGAUUUCUACAUUCUAGUAUCUGGAGCAGUGGAUGUCGUGAUAUACAAAAAUGGCACGGAGCAGGUAUGGUUUUACUUUUUUUUCAAUGAAAUGGAGCUGAUAUGUUCAGUGCGUGAGUAUUGCAAAGACAAAAAACAAUAACGGAAGAUGCACAAUUGACCAUGUCUAAGAAAUUAGUAAUGAACUUCUGCAUUGACUGACAAAUCAAGGUCCUUGUUUCUACAAAGAUCCACAAUUUUUUUAUGGAAAAACACCUAUUGCAGGGGG